CCCCCGCCGCGCCCCGUCCGUCCUAUGUGACCCGCCCCGGCGCCAAGAUGAAAGACGAUUUUGCAGAGGAGGAGGAGGUGCAGUCCUUUGGCUACAAGAGGUUUGGUAUUCAGGAGGGGACUCAAUGUACCAAAUGUAAAAAUAACUGGGCACUGAAGUUUUCCAUCAUCUUAUUAUAUAUUUUAUGUGCCCUGUUAACAAUCACAGUAGCCAUUCUGGGAUACAAAGUUGUAGAAAAAAUGGACAAUGUCACAGGUGGCCUGGAAACAUCCCACAGAAGAUAUACAGAAAAGCUUACAGAGGUGGAGAGUGAUCUGAAGAAAUUAGAUGACCAAGCUGGACAAAAAGCCAUGAAUACUAACACUGAACUGUCUAGCUUCAGAUCUGACAUUCUGGCUCUUCGUCAGCAGCUUCAUGACAUUGCAGAGAAAACUACCAGAAACAAAGAUACACUGGAGAAGCUGCAAGAGUCUGGAAAUGUAUUAGAUGAUAGACAGAGCCAAAUGAGAAGUGCCUUAGAUAGUAACUCUUUCAUGAUCAUCAGUGUCAAUAAGACUCUUCAGGCAUAUACUGGCUAUAUCAACAAUCUUCAACAAGACACAAGUAAUAUCCAAACAAACUUGCAAAACCAAGUGCAUUCUCAUAAUGUGGUCAUCAUGAACCUGAACAACUUAAACCUGACACAAAUACAGCAAAGAAAUCUUAUCAGUGUCCUGCAGAAGUCAAUGGAAGAUACAAGCUUGGCUAUUCUAAGAAUCAAGAAUGACUUUCAAAAUCUGCAGCAAGUUGUCCUUCAAGCCCGGAAGGACACUGACUGGCUUAAAGAGAAAGUACAAAAUUUACAGUCUUUGGCUGCCAACAACUCAGCAUUGGCAAAAGCUAACAACGAUACACUUGAAGACAUGAACAAUCAGCUGAGCUCCUUCAGUGGGCAAAUGGAGAACAUCACCACAAUUGCCCAAGCCAACGAACAAAAUCUAAAGGAUCUCCAGGAACAGCACAAAGAAUAUGAAAACAGAACUUCUGCCAAAUUCAACCAGCUAGAAGAGAGGUUCCAGGUCUUUGAAACUGAUAUAGUCAAUAUCAUUAGCAACAUCAGCUACACUGCUCAUCAUCUACGGACACUGACUAGCAAUCUCAAUGAGGUCAGGACAACUUGUACAGACACCUUAAGUAAACAUUCAGAUGAGUUGAUUUUUAUGAACAGCACACUAGCCAAUAUUCGCUUAGACUCUGCAUCUCUCAAGAUGCAACAGGAUUUGAUGAGGUCAAGGUUAGAUGUUGAAGUUGCCAAUUUGUCGGUAAUCAUGGAAGAAAUGAAGCUGGUAGAUUCCAAACAUGGCCAGCUCAUCAAGAACUUCACUAUCCUACAAGGCCCUCCUGGUCCAAGGGGACCUAAAGGUGACAGAGGCCCUCAAGGUCCUCUUGGCCCCGCUGGCCUAAAAGGACAAAAAGGAGAGAAAGGAGAGCCCGGACCACCAGGACCUGCAGGUGAGAAGGGCCCACCUGGGCCAACUGGGCCACCAGGAGAAAAAGGAGGGAAAGGUUCAAGAGGAUCGCCUGGCUCCAAAGGUCAGAGAGGUUCUCCUGGCAAGACGGGUCUGCCUGGACCAAGCGGAGACCCAGGGCCACCAGGUCCACAAGGCAAAGAUGGUCCACCUGGGCCACAAGGCCCACCAGGAUUUCAAGGCCUGCAAGGAACUGUGGGAGAGCCAGGGGUACCAGGACCUCGAGGACUACCUGGGCUACCUGGAGUCCCUGGGCUGCCUGGUCCAAAGGGCCCACCUGGCCCACCAGGGCCGCCAGGUCCAGGGAUGCCAAUGGCACUACAAAGUGAACCUACGUCAGUGCCCGAGGCUAAUGGUUGUUCUCCUCAUUGGAAGAACUAUACAGAAAAGUGCUACUACUUUUCAAUUGAAAGAGAGAUUUUUGAAGAGGCAAAGUUAUUCUGUGAAGAGAAGGCAUCACGCUUGGUUAUCAUAAACAACAAAGAGGAGCAGCAAUGGAUAAAAAGGCAGAUUUUUGGGAAAGGCAGCUUCUGGAUUGGACUAACGGAUUCAGAGAAGGAAAAUGAAUGGAGAUGGCUGGAUGGAUCCUUACCAGUUUACACGAACUGGAAAACCGGGCAACCUGAUAACUGGAGCCAUGGGCACGGGCCAGGGGAAGAUUGCGCUGGGUUGAUCUAUGCUGGGCUCUGGAAUGACUUCUACUGUGAAGAUGUUAACAAUUUCAUUUGUGAAAAAGACAUGGACAAAGGGCAAAUAUUUGGAGUGUAAUAGGCCGUGACUUUACAGAUACCUACAUAUUAUGGAAAUUUACUUAAAGAAGAAGAAAAUCCUGGGAGAGAGCAACAUU